UUUUUUACUAUAGAUUUGACUAAUGCUGUUUUAUAUAGAUUUAAUUUGUUAGAUCAGUCUCAUAUAUUUCACUGUUGAAUUAAUAAUGUAUUAAUCAUUUAUACUUCUAAUCAAUACAUUAGAGUAUUACAGAAAUCUCUUAAGUUCACUAAACUUUUGACACCAUAAGAAGCAGUCAGUCCUCACAAUGUAGUAUUUGUUGGAAAAAUGGUCCUUACAAUGUAACAAAUGCAAGACCACAUAGUAUGUUGUUCCAUCUUCACAGUGACUCACCCUAACCCUUCCAUUCAAUUUUAUAGCCUAAUCCGACACUUACUCUAAACCUGACUAACCUUAACACAAUUCAUGCCACAGUCCUAAACCUGAGCCCUUGUCCUAAAAAAAACACUUAUUCUUAUGUGGCUUUUGGCCCGAUAGAAAUUCGUCCCCAUGUAAUAUUUGAUAGGAAAAUGGUCAAAAUGCUUGUAUCAAAUACAAGGCCACACACACACACACAUACACACUAAAUCUAAUACCAGUAAAUGACUUCAUUUUAACAACUUCAGAUGUGUGCAUGCAGAAAGUUUCGGUUCAUAAAACAUGUGGCUUGUUUGUGUUGUCUUCCAUUUAUAGUUUGUUUCUAACUUCCGAAUUGACCACCCACUGUGUUACAUUGACAACAUAUUCAUAAACCAUCAAUUGCUGAGAGCACAGCUUACCAGCAAGACACACCAUGGAGCAACUCAAUGCCACUGCGGCUAGCACUAACUUUUCUCCUGCAGAACUUCCAACAUUCCCCUCCUGGAAAGCAGGCGGUCUGGUUCCUGUGGUGGUGUUCAUCUUCUGCUUUCUACUGGGAGUUCCUGGAAACAUCGCAGUGAUUCUUCUCAAGCCUAACUGGCAGAAUCUGUCCAGUCUGAGCCGGACUUUGAUGCUAAACCUGGCUGUGUCUGACCUGCUGUGUCUGGUGACUCUUCCAAUUUGGACAUACAGUAUCCUCUAUGGAUGGAUAUUCCAGUUAGCAGCCUGUAAGCUUCUAGCUUAUCUUGUGUACUGCAGCAUUCAUGGCAGCCUGCUGACUGUAACUGCGUUAAGCGUCCACCGAUACCUGGCUGUGGUGCGCCGACAGAGGUGCAAUCAGGUGCGGAAAAGAGUGCUGCUGCUUCUUCUCUGGCUGGUUGCUGUCAUCCUUUCCAUUCCUACUUUGGUGGUCCGACAGCUGAAAACAUAUCAGCAGUCAGCAAAAUGCCAAUCUAAGUUCACCUCUGAGACACAGUGGGUGGUUUUGUUGCUACUGGAGAGCCUGUUUGGAUUUGUUUGUUUUUCUUUAGUGGGUUGUACAUAUAUUCGCCUGCACAGGAAGGUUAACCAUACAGCUCUUUUCAACCACCCCCAGACAACCCGACUGAUGACCAGCAUCUUCGUGAGCUUCUUUGUCCUGUGGAUACCAUAUCAUACGAUCAACCUGCUGCGUGUGGCAGCUAUAUGUCUAAAACAUAUGGACUUGUUAAACUUUUGCAUGGACCAACAUGAACUUGUUGUGUCACUUACAUUCCUACACAGUUGUCUGAAUCCACUCCUGUAUGCCUUUUCUUCUACUAAAAUGUGCACCGGCUGCAAGCAAAAUGCAUCAAACCAAGGAAGUCGUCAAGACAUGGCAACAACAGCAGAACCUCGAUGAUGACAGCUAAAGAUGUCCUGCUUUCACACAGAACAGAUAGGGGUGGUUCUUUUAAUUGAUUUCAUAUUUUCAUUGCAAAAUCUGCUUCUAAUACAAUUUGUCUUACAAAUGACUACAGUUAUUUGUAGUCAUUGGUUUCUUUAUCCUUAACCACAAAUUCCCACUAUCUUUGCUUUUAUUUGUUUCACAACUCAAGUUGAUCUUUAGUCUACAGUCAAAUCCAAUAAAACGAAGUAAGCUCUUGGAUGAAACUCAUUUGUGAGAUUAAAAGAACCUUUUGUAAUUUGCUAGCUUUAAGAAAGUAUUAAACAUAUUUGUGAUUAAGCUAACAUUUUUGUAUUAAAAUAUUUACUACUUUGUUCAGAGUCAAAAUUUUAAAUACACCAAAAUUAUAUGCCAUUAAACAAUUUGGGAUAUUUGCUGUCAUGUCUGUGGAAGCUUUUGAUGAGUUUAUUGAGCGCAUCUGAGUUAGUUGGAGACACACCUGUUGAUGUAAGACAUGUUUGAAAGACACUGCUUCCUUAUGUCAAAAUAAAACAACUUGGCUUAUGUGUAGUGUCAUUUGUGACUAAUAAUACAAUUACUACCACAGGCUGUGAUGGUAAAAGCAUGUUGAACACUUGAACUCUUAGACUCCAAGCAUUACUUCUCAACCUGCACAGUUAGCUGCAUCAGUUGCCAAGGACCCAAUUUUAUCAACAAGACCUAGCAUGGACCAACUCAAUUCAACCGUAGUCACCUCUAAUGUCUCUUAUUUGAAACAUAUUUGAAACAUACUUUCAGUGGU